UCGCGGCGUCCUGGGAGCCUGGCAACAGGAGCGGCGCGGUGAUCGGCAGCCGGGCGCGCUCCGUCCCCCUACCCCGCGACACACGGACAGACAGACAGACAGACAGCGCUCUCGGAACUUCCUUGGCUCGUGGCCUGGCACCGAAACAGAGGGGGAGGGCGCUUGCAGGAGCCGCGCCGCGCCGCGCCGCGCACGAGCUCCCCCGCGUGCUCCCACGAACGCCUCGGCUCCCCAGGGCUCCGCGCGCGCUCUCCGUCCUCUGCGAGCCUGGCCGUCCGCAGGCUGUCCUCUCUUCGGUCCCCUGCAGACCAGGGGCACAGGCCUGGGCGGGGCCGCAGUGGGCACAGCUCACACAGAGGAGAGAGUGUGCGGCGGGCACGCGAAAGGGAAAGGAAGGCGGCGGGCGCCCGGCCCCCGCAGGACGCGCCCGGACAUGCUGGGCGCUCCCAGGGUGGAGGUGGCGCCGGCCCGCCCUUCCCGGCGUCCUAUAAGGACCGGGGACCUGGCGGGCAGGCUCACACACCAUGAGGCUGCCUGGGAGACACAGGACCUUGCUGCUGGCCCUCGCGCUCUGCGCCCUUCUGGGUCUCGGGUGCCCGCUCAGCUGCGAGGUGUGCAGAGGCCCCGGGCACACGUGCAGCGGGAGGAUGAAGACCUGCGAGGCCGACAAGGACGCAUGCGUGGUGCUCGUGGGCGAGGCCAGCUCAAAGGGCCGGAAGUCACUGACCACCUUCAAGGCAUGCAUGAAGUUUAAGGACUGCUACUCGGGCUUCGUGUCCACCACCAUGACCCCCAGCGACUACAUGGUGUCCAAUGCCCACUGCUGCCAGACUGACGGCUGCAACCGAGGCUCGGUGCCCCCUCCCCUGAACAACCGCACUGAGAACGGCCUGACGUGCCCCUCCUGCCUCGCGCCUUUCCACGAGACGUGCCCGGGCACCCAGACCGCCCGCUGCGUGGGCCCCGAGACACACUGCAUCUAUUUCGCUGGCAACGUGCAGGCUGGCAUCAUCAACACCAAGUUCGCCAUGAGGGGCUGCGCCACGCCCAGUGCCUGCCACACCCAGCCAGGAGCUGAGGUCCCCUCAGCCUACUAUCUCUACUUCCUGCGCCGGGCAGACUGCGACCGUGCCCUGUACCCCCUGGGCAGGGGGGAGUGAGCCCCACGCUCCACAUGCCUGUAAAUUAAAUCGGAUGAAC